AUGGUAGCUACUACUACCGCCAGGCGUCAGCCAGCACGCCGUGGUCCAGGGAUUACCCGCCCUAAGGGAUAUUACCAACAACGAAUAGAAUAUCAUAAAGCUGCCGGACGGACUCGUCCCCUGUUGGCCGAUAGAUCAAAGCACAAUCUGAAGGUGAUGAAGCGCAAGCUAGACAAGAGGAUGUGUGCCGAGGAGCUUGACAUGACACGGAAGGAAUACCUCAGGGGCCUAACGGCCGAUCGGAUCAAGGCAUUUUUUGACUGGCUUAAAGAUACCCACAUCAACAGAAUCAAGUGUGCGAGCACUGUCAGCACAUACUGGCGGCACCUGAAGAUGUUGUUUGCUAGGGAGAAUGGCCGCAUAUUGGAUGAAGAGAUCCGAUCUGACUGUCUGAAUUACAAGAACAAAGUCAUAAAAGAAUGGGGCCUCCGCAGGCUGCCACGAAGAAGACCUCCCGGGACCAAGGAUAAUCUCUAUGACAUCCUUCGCUUCCACUGGGAGCGAUGUACCCGGGUGUAUACUGAUGAGAAGCAGCGGCUCUAUGUGUCGGUGAUCCAGCUUCUGGCAUUCAUAUCCGGGUGCAGACCUGUAUCGCUCCUUGAUACUCGGGUCGACGCGAAAAAGGGAACAAAGCGAAAGAGACAGAUGGUUGAAGCAAAGACUAGAGGGGUGGAACCCCGGCAGGUGAAGAAGAGAAAAGUGUCUUCGUCUAGGCGAAGUGGUAGUGCUGUGGAGGUGGACGUGGAUUCCGGUUCUGACCCGGAAUACAGCAGCAAUGGAAGCUCAUCUGAUAGGGUUGCAGAUGUGAUCUCGGACGACUACACAGAUAGUCUCUUGGGUGAAGAGGAUGCUCUGGCCAGUGAUGACUAUGAUUCAGGAUAUGAAACUGGUCCCAACAACAAUGAUGUCGGAUUCAUCAGUGAGCACUUCAUUGAUGAUGCGUACGAUGCCGGACCAGAGCAGACAGGAGCUCUACUUUGGCGCCAUAUCGAACUCUAUCUUAUACGCAGCCCCGUUCCAGGCCGGCCAAACAUUCCUCUAGCCAAAGUCACAUUCCUCCAUACGAAACAAGAGGACAGGAAACCCAGAGUCAAAACAAUAUUCCUCAGCCACCAUCCGGACCCCAUGUUUGAUAUUCUCGGUCAACUUCUCUCGCUUGCGAAGCACGAUAACAUCUUCGAGGCCAAUAUUCAGAAUCUGAAAGAUAUCUACUACUACAGUAUCCCAGAAAAUCAGCCAGGCGAGCCUUUGAAGAUCAAAGCAAAAAGCCUGGAUCAACCAGUGUUCCGGCGGCCGGAACGAGGCCCUAAUGGUCCGAGGACUUCAGACACUGAGCCGAUGGACUAUCAAACCUUUUAUGAUUAUCUGACAAAGCUUGGAAAAGCAAGAGGUUUGAAGCAUAGCUUACUGAUGUAUGCCUGGCGGCGCGGGCUUAUCAACGCAAUAAAUUAUAAAGCACCAUCCUCGGUUCGUGAUCAGGUUGCGGAUCAUGAAUCAAAUGCGGUUAAGUAUUACCUGGACCGGGAAGUUCAAUUUCCCUUGCAAGCUGCUGCCUUGGAGUUUGUUUCCGAUGAAGUAGUUGACAAGGCCGCUCGUGGUUUGCUUCUUGAUGCCGACCUCACCGCCCCCACGGAGCUUCCACAUCACCUUCAGGAGGAGCUUGACAAUGAUCCAGAGAUCAUGGAGCUCAUUGAUAAGAACUCAGAAAUUUGGGAGGCACUCAAGGCAUUGGGAUUCAGAUCUGUGCGGUCUGCAAAGGGUCGCACCCCUCUCUAUUGGGAGAAGAAACGGGUGUAUGCUGAGUUGACGAGCCGCAAGGUCUGGCUACGAAACGAGCUGAUGAAUCAAGCAAGAAGUGAGCAUUUUCGGAAUGCCCCCACUGAACGGCUCAACACCUAUCUGAGUGGUACCGCCGGGGAUGCCGCCAACCACCAAUCCCCACCCCUGCCGAGGCUUCUAAUUGAGGAACGACAGCUAAUUGUGGAGCUUGUUCGGGUGAAAACAUCAGAGCUGAGUGAGGAUGAGAUUCUUGAACGGCGUUUUGCCUGCAUGGAUCUCUGGGUCAGGUUACAAGACCGAAAAGAGACCAAGCGGCUGGGACUGCAGAGAAAGCGACACCUGCGAGCCACAAAGCCUUCCUCUAUUGGCGCGGAAACAGUGAAGCAUCUCCAAAGUUCAGAGCUGAGUCGCUUCUCGACUCUUGUUGGGGUAUUGAUACCAGUACGGGCAGCUCCCGAAAAGCUUCAUGAACUUCAGUGUCCGUUUUGUAAUGCCGAUCCUGGGAGAGACUACGAGGCCCAGUGUAAGAUCUGGGACAAACCCUACAGGCUGUGGAGACACAUUGAACAGAUACACAGUCUGGAGCUCGAAGCUUACUCCACCGGCAAGAAACCUUGUGGGCUCUGCAUUAGAAAAAAGGUCUCCUAUGUCCCAGAGAGUAUUAUGGAAUUUACUAGGCACACCUUCGAUGUUCACGGCCCACGACUCCGCGGAGUAUAG